CCGGAAGUCCACCCCUCCCUCCCGCCCCAGCCUCGCAGCGCAGUGAAGAUGGCGGAGGAGACGGCGGGAACGCGGGUCCAGCCGCUCCGACAACAACAACAACAACACGCACCACAGCAGCAACAACAAUCGCAACAACCACAGCAGCUGCAGCAUGGGCCGCGCGACGUGUGCAUCGUCAAGUCGGAGACGGGAUACGGGUUUAACGUGCGCGGGCAGGUGAGCGAGGGCGGGCAGCUGCGCAGCAUCAACGGGGAGCUGUACGCGCCGCUGCAGCACGUGAGCGCCGUGCUGCCGGGGGGCGCAGCCGAACGAGCCGGGGUGCUCAAGGGGGACCGCAUCCUCGCCGUGAACGGCGUAAACGUAGAGGGCGCUACCCACAAGCAGGUGGUGGACCUGAUCCGCGCCGCCGAGCGGGAGCUGGUGCUUUCCGUGCUGUCGGUGCCACCGCAGGAGGCCGAGAGGCUCGACCCGAGCGACGAGUCGUCGGGCCACUCGGGCUAUGACUACGGCGAGAAGCGCGCCGUGCCCAUCUCGGUGCCGAGCUACAAGCACGUGGAGCGGCACGGGGAGCGUUUUGUGGCGUUUAACAUCUACAUGGCGGGGCGCCAGCUCUGCUCGCGCCGCUUCCGUGAGUUCGUGAUCCUGCACCAGAACCUGAAGCGCGAAUUCUCUGACUUCGGGUUCCCAAAGCUCCCGGGGAAGUGGCCGUUCUCCCUCUCCGAGCAGCAGCUGGACGCACGGCGCCGCGGUCUCGAGGAGUACCUCGAACGAGUCUGUGCUGUGCGCGUCAUUGGAGAGAGCGACAUCAUGCAGGAGUUCCUGUCCGAAUCGGCAGAUCAGGGCGGCAGUGGCGUGGCGGAGGUGGACCUGCGCGUGGAGCUGCCCAACAAGAGCACGGCGACAGUGUCGGUGAAGAAGAACAGCACCACCGAUCAAGUGUACAAGGCGGUGGUGCGGGAGGUCGGCAUGGAGACACAGACCAUCAACUUCUUCGCCUUGUUUGAGGUCAUGGACCACUCGUUCGAGCGCAAGCUGGCGCCCAACGAGUUCCCGCACCACCUGUACGUGCAGAACUACACGUCGGCGGCGUCUGGCACCUGCCUCGCCGUGCGCAAGUGGGUGUUCACUCCCGCUCACGAGGAGCUGCUGCAGAGCAGCCCCACGGCUCUCGACUACCUCUACUACCAGGCGGUGGAGGACGUGCGGAAGGGCCGUGUGCAGCCCGGGGAGAAAUCCUACCAGCUGCAGAAGCUCACGGAGCAGCAGAAGAAGCUGCAGUACCUGGCGCUGGUGCGGGGCUGCGAGGGCUACGGGGAGGUGGCAUUCCCGCACUGCCCCUGCGACUCGCGCAGGAAGGGCCAUGUGGUGGCCGCCGUGGGCCUGCACCACUUCUCGCUGCACGCCUGCACCCAGGAGGGCCAGCUCGAGAACCAGGUGAUCUCGUUUGAGUGGGCCGAGAUGCGGCAGUGGGACACGGACGAGGAGGGGAUGGCGUUCUGUUUCGAGUACGUACGCGGCGAGAAGAAGCCGCGAUGGGUGAAGAUCUUCACUCCCUACUAUAACUACAUGCACGAGUGCUUUGAGAGGAUCUUCUGCGAGCUGAAAUGGAAAAAAGAGGUGGAGGACGAGGGCGACGACAACAGGAACAGCCUGAGACACGGGACGGGGCAGAAGACUAUCUUCAGGCCGACCAACAACCAGAUGACAGACAUCCCUUGCUCCUCGUGAACACCAAGCCGCCCCAGCUCGCACACAUACACACACUCGCCCGCUUGCACGCACGCGCACACGUGUGCGUGUGCACGCACAGCGGACCCUCCACAACCUCUCGCAUCCUUGAGCAAAGGGACCACGAACCCAGGCGACCGAUGAAACUCGCACCCACACACGCACAGCCACACGGUGAAGACACUUGUACACAAAUGCACAUGUCCUUGCAAAUACACAUGCACAACGAUACAAAUAAACAAGUACACGCAUACAAGCACUCCCACAAGAAGGGGGCUGGGUGUGGGGGUGCCCUGCCCCCCUCUAUAAAGUGGGGCCAUGACCCCCCCCUCGCCCGGCCCUCCCCUUACCCCGUGCCCCCAGGUGCUCCGCAUGGCUGUGUGCCCAGGGAAGCAGGGGGUGGGGAAUGGUGAUUGGGGCGGGGGAUAUCAGCAUUGCUUCCCACGUAGAGGGAGGGUGGGGGUCAGAAGGGGCAGGGCCCCCCGACCUUUCACCCCCCUCCCCGGAAAUGGGACCUCCCAGGGUUCCCUCUGGGGUUCCCUUCACGUUCGAGGAAGGUGUAAACAGUGUCAAUGACAAGCAACCACUCUGAUUGAACUCACGGUAACGAUCCCACAACACCCAGUUCCCAGCGUCGGGAUGAUCACGACGUCACCUGAUUGGGGUGACCGGGUAAAGUGAUUAGGGGGUGACUCGCCUGCGCAGCGUGGGUCGACGCAGCCGUGUGGCCGGCGUUGGCGGGGGGAAAUCGUAGAAUGAAAACUCGAAUCUGAGCUGUCUAACUGAAGUGCGAGUCGCGUCAUUUCAGUUCGUUUUGUAAAAGCCGAUCAUCACCCACAUCGAUUGUUGUCGCUAUUAACUUAAAGUGCUGUAGGUGCGCGGAGGCCAAGGGACCGGCUGCCCUGGUAUGGGGGUUCCCCUUCAAGGAGUCCCCUUUUAAUGGGGGGGUCCCCUUGUAUGGGGUCCCUCUUAUGGGGUACCUUUAUAUGGGCCUCACUUCACAGGGUCCCUUUGUAUGGGUCCCUCUUCACGGGGAUCCUCUUGGUAAGGCCAACGUCUCUGCCUGAUGAAUGCACGCAGCUUGUUUUAGUCGCUUGUGAAUCUUUAACCAGCG